AGAUUCUUUAAACUGUUCCCUCGCCGCAUCCAAUCAUUUCCUCGCGGCUCUUCUUCUCUUCCCUCACUCUCUUUCUCUCUCCUUCUCGUCUCUGAUUAUGGAUUAGACUUUUUUUUUUUCUCUUCUUCUUUAAACUUUCACUUAAAUUUUAUUUUUUAAUUAUUAUUUUUGUUUUUGUGUUUAACCUUAAAAUCGCCAACUUACAUUAAAACUAAAACUCAGCACACGCUCGUCUAAAUUUCUAGAAGCUUCGAUUCGCCGGUUUGGAUCCCGAGACCGGCGCGAUCUACGGCACUGAUUCAGAGUCAAAAAUAAAAAUAAUUCCACCGGUUUCACAUGGAAAUGAAAGCACCUGAUCAUCUUAUGGUUCUUUUUGGUAUUUCAAUAGGUAUGAACAACCGGCAGAAUGUAGCAUUCAUUCAAGUUUGAAGUCAAUUGCAAGCACUUUAAGUUGAUCUGUUUAUUUUUCUGCUGUAUUUUCCAAACUUCAAAUGGUUUCAUCAGGGGAACGUACAGAUGAAGUUGCUUCUAAUAAAUUGCAGAAAGGACAGAGCCCAGAUAAUGAAAUUCAUGUGUCCCAAAAUCAAGAGGAGGUCACUUCUGUAACCCUUGAGAAAUCUUUGCAGGAUCCUGAUGUUUCAGCUGGGGUCCGUAUAUCGCAGUUAGAUAAAGAAGGAAGCAUCUCAUCUAUAAUACUGGGUAAAGUCUCACAAACCCCUGGUACUAGCUCCAGUGUCACGCAAUCUGGUCCGGAAGAAAGAAGUAUUCUGCGUGAAAAAGUAACAGAAGAUGGAUAUCAUUGGCGAAAAUACGGACAGAAACUUGUUAAAGGAAAUGAAUUCAUAAGGAGCUAUUACAAAUGCACGCAUCCAAAUUGUCAAGUUAAAAAGCAAUUGGAACGUUCACAUAAUGGUCAGGUUGUAGAUAUAGUUUACUUUGGUCCGCAUAAUCAUCCUAAACCUGCAAACAAUGUUCCACUAGCCGUAGGCUUUGUUUUAUCUGUUGUUGAAGACAGAGCUAGUCAACCUUUAUCAACUAGCAAGCAAGAAGAUCAUGUAAAUCAGCUACCUAAGUCGAAGAGUAACUCUCAGAUUUCAACUGUUGCAUCAAGCGAGGAUGUGAAAGGUGUGCUAUCAGAAUCAACUAGGAUAAGAGAUGAGGUUGAUAAUGAUGAUGAUCUGCAGUCAAAAAGGCAGAAGAAAGGCAGCCAUAAUGUUGAACCUACUUCUGUAGAUAAGCCAAGUGGUGAACCACGUCUUGUAGUACAAACACUAAGCGAGGUUGAUAUUGUGAAUGAUGGUUACCGUUGGCGGAAAUAUGGGCAGAAAUUAGUGAAAGGCAAUCCAAAUCCAAGGAGCUACUACAGGUGCUCAAGUCCUGGAUGCCCUGUUAAAAAACAUGUAGAGAGGGCAUCUCAUGACUCGAAAGUGGUUAUAACCAGUUAUGAAGGAGAACACGAUCAUGAGAUGCCUCCUUCGAGGACAGUAACUCAUAAUCCAACUGGUGUUAACAUUUAUACAACUGCUGUCCAUAGCGGUGAGCUGGGUGCUAAGUCAGGGGGAAGCAAUGGGGUUGUUCAUAAUUUGGGUUCAAGUAGGAACUCAAAGGAGCAACCUAGUGAGUCAAGAAAUAAAUUUAAAGGAAGUCAUGUCAGUGGCUCCGAAAUCGUCAUCUUUUCAGGUUCAGGUCAAGACAACAAAUUAAAUCAGUUGCAAAAUGGCAAAUCAAUUGCCACAGAAGGAAGUGAUACUGCCGGCAUGGACAAACAUACAGUUGUCAAUACCAGUUCGGUCCCUCAGGGCAGAUCAAAUGAGCAACACGACGGUGAAUCAAGAACUGAACCAAAAGUGAACUAUUCUGCUUGUAGUGUUCGUACCAUUACUCCAAAUGCUGAGAGUAAUCCAAAUGAGAAACACAUACCAAAUGCUGAGCCUGUCCAAAGCUAAUUUAAAUAGAUGGAUUUGUAGAUGGGAAACUACAUUAAGCUAUGUAAAUUAUUACAAUUGAUCAAAUAAUGCUUAACAGAUGUAUAGGUUCUUAAAGAUAGCUAAUAGUAGUAUAUAACAAUUUCAUUUUUGACAGGAUCGUUUUAACCAUCAAUUGCUUGUCCUGUUCUCUGGUAGUUUAUUCUUGUAUAUCUUUUUCUAAUUGGAAAGAUGAUUCCAAGCUUGUAAUAUGAUAUUCUUCCUCUUAUAUACAAGGGAAUGUUUGUGCAA